AUGACAGAUCCAUCGUCUCCUUCCCCACAAGCGAUGCAAGAGCCGACUACUUCCACUGUCACAGUUGUUGAAACAGCCGAUGAGCAGGAUCAUGAGGUACCAACGCUCAAAUUAAGAUUGAGGAAACCUAAGAAUGACAAGAAAGUUCAGUGGACCACUGAAACAGUAGAUAAUGAGGAGAUGAAUAAGAAAAAAUCAAAAUGUUGUUGCAUUUACACAAAACCUAGGAAUUUUGAUGAAAGUAGUUCUGAGGAUGAAUCAGAUGACGAGUGUGAACAUUGUAAAGGCCAUAUGGAAAAGAAAAAGAAGAAAAAAACACCCACGGAAGAUACGGUUCUAGAACAUUAGGACUUUGUAAUUUAUAUGAUAUUUAUAUAUGUAUAAGGUAAUAAUGUAAUAACUAUAAAGUUGAUUGUUGCCCAUUUCUGAAUCUUAGUUUUAAGACAUUUGUUAUUCCAAGUAAAAGUUGUAGUGUUUUCCAAGAAAAUGUGAUAAAAGUGAUGUAGUAUUAUUAAAAAAUUGACUGGAAAAAAUGUGAUCUAUGUACCUAAUUGUCUGUGUAAGGGGCCGUUUAUAAAUUAUGUCACAUAUUCA